AAAGACAACAAAAACAGCAACAAAAACGACGCAGAACACGUGCUCAAAAACAUUUACGAAAACCACAGGCAUUUGAUGCUUAUUUAAAACGUGGUCGUUCAGAUUCAAUCUCUUCUGUUUCGUCAUUUGAUACGGAAGAUUUAUAUCAAAGUAAUAAUUAUUAUCAACAUAAUUGCAAAAAUGAUCAAAAUAAUACGAUCUCGCCACUAGAACGACCGCAAUCUCCGAUUAAUGUUUCAGAAUUCUUACGACGCGUUUCGGCGGUAAUUCGAUUUUCGAAUUUAAUGGAUGUAGUCUUUGCUGAUGAUAGUAAUUCAGAAAUUGCAUCUGCGAGUUGCUCUAGCGAUAAUUCUGAGGAUGAAUGGGAUAGUGAAACUGACGACAACGAAGAAUUCAUGUUUAUGACUAAUAUUUCUCAAAGUAAUUAUAAUAUUACAAAACAACUAUUACAUAUUUCAUGA